UCUGCUCGCUGGGUAGGAUUCUGGAGCGCACGGGGUUUGACAGGCGCAGUGCGCAUGCGCCAAAGGCCCUUUCAGUACCUGCCAGUGCGCUCUUUACUUCACAUGUUGCCGCUCUCGGUUGACAGUCACUCGCGCAGUUUAAACUAUCAGCAGCUGUUAACUUCACCAUGGUGAGGAGGAAAACAAGAAGCGACCACAGCUGAGGAGGAAAGUUUCUUGCUCUUGCCUUCGACCUCGUUUACUUUUGCAAAAGGAUACUAUAAUGUUUCAGGGAACCUCGUUGUCGUGAAAGUUUUACGCAGGAAAAUCAAAUUGCGCACGAGCAGACUAGUUUGAUUCCCACGGAGACGCGCGGCACGAUGAAGCACUGAAAGUAGCGAAGACUGGAGACAUUGGUCACUUUCAGUGAUAAAUUAAGCAGUAUUUUCGAACACUUUACUGACUGCCCUGUGGGUAAGUGUGAGGAUUUUUACCUGAACAGGUGAAACGCACAUUCGCGCCAUCAUGUCCAAACCCAUGGAUCACGUAAAGCGUCCUAUGAAUGCGUUUAUGGUGUGGUCCAGAGCCCAACGGCGGAAGAUGGCCCAGGAGAACCCGAAAAUGCACAAUUCCGAGAUCAGCAAGAGACUCGGGGCGGAGUGGAAACUUCUGACGGAGUCCGAAAAGAGGCCGUUCAUAGACGAGGCGAAGCGACUGCGGGCGAUGCACAUGAAGGAACACCCCGACUACAAAUAUAGACCCAGGAGAAAGCCCAAGACUUUAAUGAAGAAAGACAAAUUCGCCUUCCCCAUGGCAUAUAACUUAGGAGAACACGAAGCGCUGAAAGUGGGCGGCUUACCGAGCGGUGCGUUUUCUGAGUCUUUACUGAACAACCCCGACAAGGCGGCGGCAGCGGCGGCGGCGGCCGCGGCACGGGUCUUCUUCAACCCGUCCAUGUCCACCAACCCCUAUUCGUUUUUUGACCUCGGGUCGAAAAUGAGCGAGCUUUCUCCACCGUCAUUUCCAUACGCAUCACCGCUGGGUUACCCGUCAGCGGCGUUCUCUGGAGCGGGCACGGUUGGCACCGGGACGCAUACCCAUACGCAUUCGCACCCGUCACCGGGUAACCCGGGCUACAUGAUUCCGUGUAACUGUGCGGCGUGGCCGUCUGCGGGGCUUCAGCCCCCACUUGCCUAUAUUUUACUACCCGGAAUGGGCAAACCACAACUCGAACCCUAUCCCGCGUACGCAGCGGCGUUAUGAGACUCUGGACCAGUGAGAUAUUUGAAAUAGAUUACAUGCAAUACAUAUGGCGCAUGCACAGAACUUAACGUGUGAUAUGAUGAUAAUCUUAUCAUGCAUCACACGUGUUUGUCUAAUGAUUAAUGCCUUGAUGUAAGGUACAUUAUAUGUUCAGCUUGGAGUGGAAGGCUUUUAAUGUCAAAUAUGCUGAACAGGUCGAGUGAGAUCCACGAAACCAGUUUGCCCUCAUUAAUGUGAAUAAUGUUUUGAAAAGAUGCCACAUGCAGUGUCACGUCAGUGGUUGGUGCACUAACCUGUUGACGCUGUAACUAGUUUACUGUGUCCUGACACAUUUCGCAGAUAUAGAUGCUUUUAACGUGGUUACAUUUGCGUAUUGAAUAUAAUAAAAAGGUGCAGCAUUAUUAUUAUUAUAAUAAUUUUUUUAAUUAUACAUUUUGGAUUUAUAGAACAGCACCCCAAAUCAAACAGCAUAUUCCUGUAAAUGUGUACAGUUUUAUUGAAGCGUUUAGUGCUCUGUGCCGGAGCUGUUGGACUAGAAAUCAGGUGUAUAUUUUGAGUUUUAAAUACUAUUUCAUGGAUGUAUGUAAUAUUUAUUGUUCAGUGAAGCAUUGCCCUGUUUGUUGAUUCGUGGGACAUGCAGUGUCCUUAGAUAUUUGCACAAAAGGGAGACCAUUGAGCACUUACAGUGUAAUUUAUUGAUAAAGAAAAACACGUGAAAUACUAACAUGCCCAAGUUUCAGAAAAUCUCAAGGGUGCUGCUGGUCCGUCGACAUCCACCACAGACGACUGUCAGAUGCGUCCGUGCGUUUUUUACUAACUACAAGUGAAAUUGUAUGUUAUAUGUUUUGCAUAAUUCCACUUAUACAUGUACCUAAAUGCCUAUUGUUCAUUUAUUGAACAGAGGGGAUAUAAUAAAGAGAAUGCGGUAAAAAAGGAAAUUGCUCUGUAGUUCUUGAUGAAUGGAGAACAAGAU